AUGCUGGGUGCACUUGACAACCUCGGCGACAUAACUACCCUGGGCAACAAGAUGGCGCAGUUUCCGCUGGAUCCGCCGCUAUCGAAGAUGCUCAUCGUGGGCGAGGAGCUGGGCUGCAGUGAAGAGAUCAUGACUGUGGUGUCCAUGCUCUCCGUGCCGUCGAUCUUCUUCCGACCGAAGGAUCGGGCCGAUGAGAGUGACGCGGCCAGGGAGAAGUUCUUCGUGCCUGAGAGUGACCACUUGACUUUCCUGAACGUUUACCAGCAGUGGGCCCACAACGGUUACAGUGCGAGAUGGUGCGGCGACCACUUCGUGCACCAGAAGUCUCUGAAGAAAGUACGGGAAGUGAGGGGCCAGCUCGAGGAGAUCAUGCAGCAGCAGAGACUGCAGGUGAAUUCCAUUGGCACUGACUGGGACGUGGUUCGGAAAGCCAUUUGCGCGGGGUACUUCCACAAUGCUAGCAAGUUACGAGGGAUUGGCGAGUACGUCAAUCUCAGGUCACGUAUUCCGGCAAACUUGCACCCCACAAGCUCGCUGUAUGGCCUGGGCUACACUCCAGAUUAUGUCGUCUAUCAUGAGGUCAUGUACACCGUCAAGGAGUACAUGCAGACAGUGACGGCAGUGGAUCCAUACUGGCUUGCAGAGUUAGGUCCGAUGUUCUUCUCUGUCAAAGAGUCUAGUUCGGACUUCCAUGCGAAACAGCGCCAAGAGCAGGAAGCGCGAAGGCAAAUGGAGUACGAGCAGAAGCUGCGAGACGACCUUGAGCGUCAAGCAAAGCAGGAAGAGGCGGAGGCUCUCGUGCGAAGCGGUGGGCAAGUGGUAGAGGUGGGCAAGAAGCGCGCUCCUCGCGACAACCUCAGGAAACUCAAAAGCAGCGAUGCAACGGAGCAGGAGGAGCGCCCAAGAGGCAAGAAGGCUUCAGGGCCAUCUGCGGUGGGCAACGACUCUGACUCCGACAGCGCAGCAGCAAAGCGGCGCCGGGCAGCAGGACGAAAGCCCCGAGUACGCUCGGCAUGGGCUGCAGCUGGCUAG